AUGUCUGAUACAACAAUAUCAACAAAAACUUUUGUAAUUGGUAGUCGCAAAUCUCAACUUGCAAUAAUUCAAGCAGAGGAAGUUAAAAAGGCAUUAUCAUUAGCAUAUCCAACCUACUCUUUCAAAAUUAUAACAAGAUCAACAACUGGAGAUCAAAUCCUUUCCAAACCAUUGUUUCAAAUUGGCGAGAAGGCAUUAUUUACCAAAGAGUUGGAAGACGAACUUGUUAAAAAAAGUGUGGAUCUGGUAGUGCAUAGUCUAAAAGAUUUGCCAACAAAACUUCCUGAGGGAAUGAUAAUUGGAGCAAUUACAAAAAGAGAAAAUCCAAAAGAUGCUGUUAUAAUUAAAACUGGUCUAGCUUAUAAAACAAUAAAUGAAUUGCCAAAGGGUAGUAUUGUUGGAACAAGCAGUGUUAGAAGAUCUGCACAAUUAAAAGCAGUAUUUCCAGAUUUGAUAUUUCAGAAUGACGAGAAUGGACCAUACACAGCAAUUAUUUUAGCAGCUGCAGGGCUUUUGCGAUUAGGAUUUAGUCAUCGAAUUUCUCAGAUUCUCCCAUCAUCUAUUAUUCUACAUGCAGUUGGACAAGGUGCAUUGGGUGUUGAAUGCCGAGCUGAUGAUAAAGAUGUGAUUGAACUUCUUUCAGUAAUAGAUGAUAAUGAUACAAAAUUAAAAUGUAUUGCUGAAAGAGCAUUGAUGAGAUCAUUGGAAGGAGGAUGUAGUGUUCCAAUUGGUGUAGAAACUGAAUUAAUAGAAGAUGUUAAUGAUGGCAAUGGGAAAAGACGUGAAUUAAGAAUACAUGGACUGAUAGCAAGAGUUGAUGGAUCAGAAAUUAUUCGAGCUGAGAUAAAAAAAGUAGUUGAAGAUAUUGUUGCAGCAGAAGAACUUGGUAAAGAACUGGCAAAAAUUUUGGUAGAAAAAGGUGCAAAAGAUAUUUUAGAAGAUUUGAAAAGUUCAAGAUAA